AUGGUGGUCUUUGUCGACCUCGACGAUGAAUUUCCCGGAUUGGAGCCCUUCCAGCUAAAGGUUGACCCCAAUUCGGAAUCCGCCGCUUUACCUCCAUCUCCAGCUUUAUCGGAGACUCACAGCCAGACUCUGAAUCGGAGUGGUUUCUCGGCGGCGUUGAGCUGUUAUCCCAUCAUCAAAGAGAUCGCUCGAGCGAUCGACCUGACUACCCUCCACGCCCUAUCAAGUACAUGUCGUCAAUUCCACGCGAAUCUGGCACCGUAUCGCCAUCAACUAGUGCGAGAAACUCUUCGGUGCGAAAAUGAGUACGUCGAAACACUAGCAGAGAUGCUAGACGAGGGUGCUGUCAUCCCGGACAGCGUCAAAUCUGUCAUCCAACUCCUGAGACGAGGGACCGGCGACCCGGGUCGUAUGACCCGCGGCAAAGUGGGCAAGUGUGCACGCGACAUGGUGGCCGAAUGCCGUCGCUGCACCAAGGUUGUCUGCAGAAACUGCACUAUCAAACCUCCCAAUAAGCACGCCCUUCAAAGCCGCAUUCGUCGCCUGUGUCGAUCGUGCGGCACCGCACCACUCUCCUCACACUUCUCCCGCCACUCCGACACACACUCGGAUCCGCAUGAAGGCAGUGUUGCGGCUACGGCUUUCGCGCGCACACCUUGUAACUGCGAGGAGGCAGUCUGGCUAUGCACGCAAUGUGGACAAACCUUGCGCAGCAACGACACUACGUAUCGCCGAGUCUGGGCUUGGCGCACGCGGUACAGCACGUACCUUGGUGGCGUGGGCACGGGCAUUGGCGAAGGAUGCCAGGGCGUGAAAUGCGGGCGAGGCGAGGGCUGUCUCGCGUCGCAGGAGAUCGAGCUCGAGGUCGACUGCGAGGCCGAUGAGUCUAGCAGUGACAGUAGCAGGUCUGGAAGUCCUGCGGGGCAUGCGCCGUACUACCAUGAAAAUGGUAGUCCUAUUGACGGACACGAUGAAGACCAGCCUGGAUAUUUCCGACAGGAAGUCAUUGGGCUUGGCGGUGUUGUUAAGCACAAGUCAAAGAAGAGGGUCAAUGUUGGGGCCUGUGUUGUUGAGUAUGAGGAUGAGAGGGAGACGGGCAACUAUCUUGUUCGUGAGGAGGAGGGUUUGCAUCGCGCUUGGUGUGGGUGGUGCUCGAGGGUCAUACCGGCGAAGAGCGAGAGUCUUUGA